AUGAAGAUGGAGAAGCAAGUGUUGCUCUUAUUUGCCUUCUGCUCGACUCUCCUGGGUGAAGGGAGUGGCGAAAAUGGUGCUAUUAGAGAGGCGGUUGGUGUUGGGUUAAUCGUCGAUAUGGGGUCGAGGGAGGGGAACAUCAUCCGCAGCUGCGUUUCCAAGGCCAUUUCGGGAUUCAACAGCUCAUACCAAAUGAGGAUAUCAGCUCUCCACACCAAACUCUCCAAAGGGGACCCUUCCCUUGCUUUAUCCGCCGCUUUCGACCUCUGGGAAAAUGACAAAGUCGGGGUCAUACUCGUUGCGCAAAAUUCAAAAUUGGAAGCAAGAUAUUUGGCCGAAUUUGGAGAUCACCCCAAAGUCCCACUAAUCUCUAUUUCACCACUUGAAUCUGCAGAAGCGAAAGCAGUCGCUGCUUUCAUAGAGUUGUACGAAUGGGAAGACGUUGUCCUCAUCCACGAAGAUAAUGGUAAUUGGAGUGAUUUCUUUGAAGAGACAACGUUUGAGGUUGCGUAUAAAACCGCAGUGUCUGCUUCAUCUGAAGAUGAUGAUAUCAUCGGAGAACUUCAUAGGCUACGAGCGAUGCGGAGAUCGCUAUUUGUGGUGCAUGUAUCCCACGUCUUGGCAUCUCGUCUUUUCGAACAAGCGAAAAGGUUGGGAAUGAUCGGCCGAGGGUAUGCAUGGAUCGUGACUUCUAAGACCAUGAACCAGUUGAAAAUAAAUUUGAAUGAUUCAUCGGUGUUUGAAUCGAUGCAGGGAUUCAUCGGUUUCAGGUCUUAUAAAACUACAGAAUCAAAAGAGCUCUGUAACAAGGAGUUUGAUAUGCAAGGGAUGAUGAAGAAUUUUGACUACUACAUUCAUGGAAAGGUAAGCUCAAGCACUACUUUUGAAAUAGUUAAUUUGAUGGGUGAAAGGGAAAGAAGAGUUGGCUUUUGGACAUCUUCGGGCGAAAUCACCAUUGGAUUACACGGAUCCACUCAUCGAAGGCAUCUGUUUUCGAGUUCGACCCCCGGGAACCUCGAAACGAUAAUCUGGCCUGGUGGGACUUCAGCCAUUCCCAAAGGUCGAAUGAUGCGAAUGAGCAGUAAUAUCCUAAAUAUUGGUGUUCCUGUAACGAAUGGGUUCUCACAAUUGCUGAAAGUGGACCGUGAUCUUCAGACCAAUGCCACGAUUGUCUCUGGUUUCUGCAUAGAUGUUUUCAGAGCAGCAAUGGACGGUUUGAAGUACCAAAUGCCAUAUCAGUUUGUACCAUUCGAAUAUAACAACCCGAACAUUGGUGAGACAUACGAUGAUCUUGUCUACCAAGUAUAUCUCCAGAAGUAUGAUGCUGUUGUUGGGGACAUAACGAUUACAGCAAACAGAUCUUUGUACGUGGAUUUUACUUUGCCAUACACGGACAUGGGGGUGGGAAUGGUUGUUCAGAAAACCCCCAAGGACAGCAGAAACUUGUGGAUUUUCUUAAAACCACUCACCGGAGGACUCUGGCUUACGAUUGUGGGAGUUUAUGUCUUGACAGCUUCGGUUAUUUGGCUGAUCGAACGCCCUUCGUUCGUCGAGCAAACCCCGCAAUCGAACGGACAGAUGGAAAGGAUGUUUAGGUUCUCCUUCUCCAUCCUCCUUUUUUUUCACUGGGAGAAAUUAUCAAGCAACUUGUCGAGAUCUGUCGUUCUUUUAUGGGUGUUCGUGGUGUUCAUAUUAGGUUCGAAUUACACCGCCACGUUAACAUCAAUGAUGACGGUCCAACAUAUCGAGUUAAACUCCAAGAUGAGCAGCAUAGGACACAGAACAGGUCCGGUCACCCAAGAAGUCAUCGGCAAUCUAAACUUCGAAAGCUCUAGUUCGACAUCUGUAUGGCUUACUUCCCCGGAGGAAUUUGCGAAAGCUUUAUCGGAAGGAAGUAAAAACGGCGGCGUCUCGGCUAUAAUCGACGAGAUGCCAUACAUCAAGAUCUUCCUAGAAAAAUACCCAUCACGUUAUUCCAUGAUCGGCCCCGUCAUGCCCAACACCAAUGGCUUCGGCUUUGCAUUUCCCAAGGGCUCAGCCAUGGCUAGUGACAUCUCGAGGGAGAUCGAAAAGCUAAGACAGGAUGGACGGCUCCAAAUGCUGGAGAACGCGUGGUUCAAAAGCCCGACCACUAGUUUUGAUUCGGGCGAUGCUUCGAGCAGUGUGAACCCACUGACGGUAGGAGACUUUCGGGGCUUGUUUCUUAUCAGUGGAACCUUCACGGCUUUAGCCUCUCUCUUGUUCUUUGCUUCUUUGCUGUAUAAAAACAUUCAUAUUUUGAAGAAAUGGGGACGAUCUGAGAUUGUGAAACAGUAUAUUUGUAUGAUCAUUUUCAAGAGCAGAAGAGACGCCAAUGUAAUAUACCCAGAGUUGGGCAAUGGUUCCGAUAUGACUGCGUUAUGGGGCGCGGAUUGGUUGGGCAGUAUUUGUAGACCUAAAUCGGAAGGGGGUCUUGGGUUGAGGGAUUUGGCUGUGGAAUAG